CUAGUAUCUUCCGUGCACAUUCACUCUCCGUCGGUGUUGCCACUCGUCUCCCUGGAUCAGCCUAUCUAAAGUCAAGUUUGAGGCCACUCGUCAAUACAUACAGAGAUGACCAAGAAGGACGCCCAUAAGACUCGCACCUCGCAGCCUGCCACCAAGAAGCAACGGAGCCACACAUCGGAAGAACGCGUGGCAAAGGAUCAACUCAUGCGCUCUCAUAAGCGCGGCAGCUGCUCUCUACGUCAAUCUCAGACCGCCAAGCCGGGCUCGUCUCUUCGCCGCAAGAACACUAAACACAAGGCAGCAGCGCUUACCUCGAAGCCUGGAUCCGACUUGGGGCCUAAUCUGCCGGCUUUGGCGACUGCACUCGAACACAUGUAUGCCACAAUGAACGGCACUCUUGCGCCCGGUCAGGAGCCUGCGAAGUACUCGAGUGUCUAUCAGUACCUACCCAAGCAUCUCCGCAUUGAGGAGGGAACAGUGAUCCCGCAGCGUCCGCCGCUGACGUCGUUUGGAGGUGACACGAUCAACUGCCUCUACUCGGAGGAGGCUGCGAACGAGCUGCUCAUACUUGAGUGCGGCUCUGUCGAAAAGGGCAAGGAGCUGGUGAAGGAGGCGUAUCAGACUGCAGAGUUUAUUGGCGGACAACCCGACCCCGAGGAUCCGACGAUAGACCGCAUCGAUCUCCCUAAUCUUCCUUUCCAUCUACGGCUGUGGCUCGGUCACCAGAAGACCUUUGUAUCUUUCGACUUCUGCGACAACCAGACCAGACGCCCUGUCUUGAAGCACCGGAACCUCACCGUCUUCAUGCAAUCCCCAGGCAGCUUGAACGCCCUCCAACUACAGCCGCUCGAGAAAUGUUUUCAUUACGACCAAUCAGUGGGUUACAAUUCCUUCGUCGUUCCCGAAUCUGCCGUGCUCGAGAUACGGUGGAUGGGGAAGAACAUCAAGACGGUGCAAAUGCCGGCACGCGAGCAACCUGCCCAACCAGCUCGGGCUGCCCGUGGAGUACGCGAGGUUGCAAAGUCGCCGAUCCAAUUUCUUGCGGAGGUCACCGGCAACCCUCAUAUAGCGGCGAUGAUCAAGGCAUAAUUUCUUCCAACACGCCGUCGACAUCAUCAUUAUCAUCUGCCCAAUGCGGCCUCAGACCUUAUUGAAUAAGACGAUAUCUCAAUCAUGACCAUUGUACGCUUUCCUGCUGUCUUCUCUUUUCCAACCGUGUUCGCUCUCAUCUUUGUCUCCAUCUCAUCUCCGGUCCCGCCGGUGCUUUGGUGUCAUUGCGUGCUGUGCACGUAUCGUCGCUAUACCUCGUUCAUGAUGUCUAUACUUAUUGCUGCCGGAAAAUGACUGCUACAAACUCAAUUUAUCUCUUCCUUAUUACUCCAGGCUGACCAUCAGGCCUCGCGGCGAGCGAAGUGGCCUGCCACGGCUAACUUGCCACUUACCAACAAGAGGCUACGCGACGCGC